AGCCUGGGCAAGAGUGAAGCCUAGAAACAACAAACCAUUAGCUUUGGGACAAACAUUUAUUUAAUUUUGUACAUAACAUAAAAAUUGUCUUUCUUCCUCUCGGGGUGGCGCGCGGGUUAAUGCAUGAUGGCUAAUACAAUUAGAGAAAGUCGUGUGGUCGUAAUUACAAAGGCGUGCUUGGCUAUCAGCGUAGCAUGCAUGCUGAUGAUCAACGACAGUGUCGAAUGUAGUAGCCCCGUUCUUUCCCGCCGAAGCCUAGCUGGUGAGGUCGAGACAGUUUUUAACGUUAUGGAUUAUGGGGCUAAAGCUGAUGAUGACACAACCGACAAUGCACCGGCAUUUAUCAAGGCUUGGAGAGCGGCAUGUGAUUCGAACGGAGCGGGGAAGGUUUUGAUCCCGGCCGGAAAUAAUUUCUUUUCGGGGGAGAUUGUGUUUGCGGGGCCGUGCGCAGGUCAACAGGCGAUCACCAUUGAAAUCCAGGGCAAUAUGUCGGCGUUACCGGACCCUAGUGUCUAUUCAGGCGGCGCGUGGAUCAUGGUUGAGAGAGCAGAAAACAUUGAAGUCACCGGCAGCGGUACAAUCAACGCCCACGGCGAAGCUGCAUGGCAAUAUGCCGACGACAAUAAUCAUCUCGCCGUUUCGUUAGUGUUUCAGGGGGUGGGGAACUGCAAGCUGAACAACCUGAACUUCGUGAACAGCAUGGGGUUCCACACUAAAGUGACGGACAGUCACGACGUCACCGUCACAAACCUAACGAUCACAGCCCCCGGAAAGAGCCCCAACACUGACGGCAUCCACCUCAGCAACGCUACAAACGUCAACAUCACCGACUCCGUCAUUGGCACCGGUGAUGACUGCAUUUCUAUUGGCCCUGGCAGCAAAAACGUCGUCGUUUCCAGAAUCACUUGUGGCCCCGGCCACGGAAUCAGUAUUGGGAGCUUGGGGAAGCGCGUGGACGAAACAGAUGUGCAAGGGAUCACGGUAAGCAACUGCACCCUCAUAGGAACAACCAACGGCGCAAGAAUAAAAACAUACCACGAUUCCCCGGAGCUUACCGCUUCCAAGAUUACCUUCGUAGAUCUCGUGAUGGAUCAAGUUAAGAAUCCUAUUAUCAUCGAUCAGCAUUACGACUCCAAGAAAAAGCCCAAGCAAUCGAGCGUGAAGAUAAGCGAUACACACUUCAUAAACAUAAAAGGGAGCACAGUAUCAGAAAUACCAAUAGUACUAAAUUGCAGUUCAUUAGUGCCGUGUGAAGGAAUUGAAUUGUCAGAUAUUGAUCUGGUGCCCUUCGGUACAUUACGCAAUCUUACGUCAGCAUGCUCCAACGCCCAAACUACACUUAAAGGAACUUUAAAUCCAGCUGGUCCCACCCAAUGUAUAUAGUUUUAUUCUAUUUGUAGACCUUUUUCUUCUAAAUACAAAAUGAUCAGCUAAUUAAUUAAUUUCUGUAUUUGGAUUUUAAAAGAAAAAAAUCAAAAGAAAAAUUAUGAAAAAGGGAAAACAGAUAGAUGAAAAAUGCAAUGUAGGGGGGUGAGAGGUGAGCCUUAGACGUACAUUUACGAGAUUGGAUUUAUUUAUUUAUUUUUUUGUAAAUAUUAAUUACCGUGGUGUGUAGUUUGAAUAUUGAAGUUAUACUCGUGUUAACUUCAUUCUUUUGAACUAA